AUGUCCAAUUUGAAGAAUCCCUACUCCCUAGUCCUUGGUAUCACAUCUGACCCCCCUUCCCCACUCUACACUUCUCCCGACUGGUUAGCUAUCACCACCCCACCAAUUUCAGAAUAUUCCCUUCCCCCUACAUCUCCCUCCCCUGUCGUGACUGCUGCUCCUCCGACGUCGGCCACUCCUCGCAGACACUACCGCUCCCCCCGGUGCUACAUCCUCACGACAAAAUCAGCUCCCACCACCGCCGGCCAAGCUGUCUCAUCGCCCUGUCGCACGAAGUCAACGGGGUAUUUUCUGUCCCAUGAAGCUUUUUACAAAUCAGGUAGCUCCUCUUGA